AUGGCAGCGUUUCGACUUCCUAGUGGAUGUAUUAAAGAAAUUGAGAGAAUCUGCUCUGCGUUUUUAUGGUCUGGACCUGAGUUGGAUGGAAGAAAGGCGAAAAUCUCGUGGGAAGAUGUCUGUCUAACAAAACAAGAAGGAGGCUUGGGGUUACGACCUUUGAAAGAAGUGAAUCAGGUCUGUUGUCUUAAGCUGGUUUGGAGAAAUCUUUCUGCUAGUUCGCUUUGGGUUAACUGGAUAAAAGUUUACCUCAUUCGAAAAGGAUCUUUCUGGACGAUAAAGGAAACUACUCAGAGUGGGUCUUGGAUGUGGAAGAAAAUCCUUAAAUGCAGGGAGAGAGCUAAGGAUUUCUAUAUAGUUGAGGUUCGAGAUGGAAGAAACACUUCUUUUUGGCAUGAGAAAUGGAGCUCCUUGGGGUGUUUAAUGGAUGUAGUCAGGGAUGGAGGGUGCAUUGAUAUGGGCAUAGCAACAAACGAGACAGUGGCUGAUUGCUUGCGUCAUCGACGGAGACAUCAUCGAGUGCAAAUUUUUAAUAGAAUUGAAGUGGAGAUUGAGAGGUUUAAGAGAAGCUGGGUUCAAGAAGAUGAUAUCCCACUAUGGAGAAAUGAGAAAGUACAAAUUUGGGAGACGCUCAUGAAAGGUGUGCUAAAAGAUCAGUACACUGUGAAUUGGGACACUUUGGUUAGUCUCAUUACUGGAGAUUCGAGAUGGAGCAAAACUCAACUCUUUAUUGAAAGAUACAUGCUCCAAUCAGUUGUACACACAACAUGGAAAGAGCGUAAUAGAAGAAGGCAUGAAGAAGGUUUUGUUCCUGUUGUGCUUUUGAUCAAGCGAUUGGAUAAAAACAUGAGGAAUCAAUUCACUGUCAUUAGGAGAAGGGGAGGGAAGAAGUAUGAAGAUGGAAUGGCUACUUGGUUUGAUACUAGAUAG